CUAAAAGAUAUGUUUCCGGGCUUUCGGUUGGCCCUUCCACCAAAGCGCUGGUUCAAGGAUAAUUAUAAUCCUGACUUCUUGGAAGAUCGACAGUUGGGACUACAAGCAUUCCUUCAGAACCUAGUAGCUCACAAAGAUAUUGCCAACUGCCUUGCAGUGAGAGAAUUUCUUUGUCUGGAUGAUCCUCCAGGUCCUUUUGACAGUCUAGAAGAGAGCAGGGCUUUCUGUGAAACUCUGGAGGAAACAAAUUACCGCCUACAAAAAGAACUGCUUGAAAAACAAAGGGAGGUUGAGUCACUGAAGAAACUGCUACAUGAAAAGCAACUUCAUAUAGAUGCUGUUGAAAGAAGAAUUAGGGAUUUAUCUUUAGGAAAAAUGACUCGUCAAAUGUCAGGAGAAGGAAGUGAGUGCAGUGGUGAGGUGGAGUCUUCUGCAGUAGAAGCAGACCAGGGUACCCUGGGUGAGGACAGCUGCUCAGAUAAAGAGAACCAUGAUGCAUGCUGGAGUGGCUCUUUGCCUGAAAAUUCUGUACCAGAAAUUGAAGUCGCUGAAGUAGCAUAUACUGCUGAUGAAGAAGAAUAGAUCAGUAGCAGCUGCUGGUACCUGAGAAAGCUUCAUGUCUGGGACAUACUCUUUGGGUAGAGAGGUACAGAGUAGCUGUGAAGAAUUUACAGCAAAGAGCAAGAAUGCACAUAUUGAAUGUUUACAUAAAUCUUUACAAAUUAUUAACAUAAGAAAUAUACCCAUUGCUGCUUUGAUUUCAGUUUUUAUGUAGCCUUUAUAUAUUUAAUAUAUUAAAGUCUAAAUAAGGGCUAAAAUCAGCUAAAGUUUAGAUAGUGUACAUACACAAUUUGGCUGACUUUCCUAGCGGGGUGACAAAAGCUUCACGUUGAAUCACCAAACAUCUAACUAGCAUGUCAUCUGUUGCCACUGAUGUGACACACUUGAUGUGUUCAUCUGUUUGGUAUUUGUGUUUUUGUAUUCUUAUAGCCAUAAAUUAAUGCUUGUUGAAGUAAAAACAGACUCAUCUUUUGUUUAAUAAGAGGGUAGAAUAUGUUGGUUUUAAAUUCUGAAGUUGAAGAAUAUUUCUCCGGAAAUUUUAAUGCAAUGCAAUAGGAAACCUGACAGUACCAAGAGAAGAGUACUUACAAAAUGGGAUUAUAGUUGGACAUUUUUAAAAGACUGGUCAUUUUUGCUGAAGGAAGUAAUAUGAGACCCCCAAAACACUGUGUAUUUUCAUCCCAAGAGAGCAUGCUGUAAUACUUUUGCUUGGUAACACUGCUUUGAAGAUCUGGGAUACCUUUGCUAUAUACCCAUGUAACAAUAAAAUCGGUGAGUUUGCCUUUUACUUGGAACACUACCUCUUACCAUCUUGCUAAUGCAUUCGUGUUUGUUUAAAAAUAGUCCAGAUUAUAUGGAGGUUAUUGAAAGACUUGUAAAGAAGCCAUAUUUUUUUCCUGCACAGUUCAUAACUAGAUUGAAUCUAGUUGCAAUGUAUUUUUGUUUCAAUAUAUCGUACACAUGGGGAUAUUUCUACAUGUGUUCUAUAGCCUAUUUUUCAAAAUGUAUUAAGACAGGAAAUGCACUUUAUAAUUAAAACUCCAUUGUGCCAAGUUCAGUUGGCUAAUCGGUUAAGAAAGAGGAGUUGCAGGGAGAGGAUUAUGUAGUGCCUUUUUGUAUUUUACUUGUUCAUUACUGCAGAAUUUUGUUACAGUGCUCUGGGUCAGUUCUGUGGAACCUUUGAUACAACUUGUUUCUGUUCUUCACUUAUUUACUGAAAGUGCCUUGUUUUAUUCUGCUUUUCCAAUAGGAAGAAUGCUGGUUUGUUUUAAUCUGGUUUUUUUUUUUUCGCCCUAUACCACCCACAUUGCCGUUUAAUGUUGUCAAUAUGCAGUGUCUUUGUGCUGGAGUUUUCAAAGGGAGCUUUGUACUUGAGGCUGUGCAUACAAUGACCUUUAUGCAGAACUGUAUAAACCUUCCUGGUGAAAUAAAGCUAUGGAUAAAA